UCUUCCGGGGACAGACAUCCUGUCUUGAGUUGGAUGGGCCAAUAGCUUGCUGCUGGCGAGCGAUGACGGCGCCCAAAAAGAGGAAGCAGUCCUCGUCCUCAGCCUCAUCUUCUUCAAAGAAGUCCAGGCAGCCCUCGCCAAGGGGAGUUCGUAGGGUCAGUGUCACUCCUUCACCUUCACCAGAGCCUCCUCCCCGCUUUGUGAAUCGACCAGUAGAGAGCAAGCGGCUUUCCCCGUCUCCUGCAAGGCGAUCGCCAGAGAGAGCCUCCAAGGGCAAGGGGAAAGGCGGGGAGGUAGACACCUGGCGCGCCGAGUUUGAAGAGGCGUGGCUGCUGGAUCGAACAGCCAUGAGGGCCAAGUCCUUCUGGUCCUUCGUGACCAUGUACCCUCGGUCCCCCUCGCCGCAGCGAGCGGAUGCACCGCCGCCAGAAGAGGAGGCUCCUGCUCCUGUCACCAAGGAAGAGCAGAAGCGGAACGAUCGCUUUCAGGACAAUAUCAAGAAGGCCAUGAAGGGCGAAUCCAAGGAGCUAAAGAAGAUCGAGAAGGAUCAGAAGAAAGAGAACGGCCAGGAGGGGGAAGAGGAAAAAAAGGCGAAGAAGGACAAGAAGGAGAAGAAGGACAAGAAGGAGAAGAAGGCCAAGGCCUCUGACUCGGAGGAUGACAAGAAGGACAAGAAGGCGAAGAAAGAGAAGAAAGAGGAGAAGAAGGAAGAGGAGAAGGAGGAAGAGGAUGUGAAGAUGUCCAAGGAGGAGAAGAAAGAGAAGAAGUCCAAGAAGGACAAAGGAGAGAAGGAGGAAAAGGAAAAGAAAGACAAGAAGAGCAAGAAGGACGAAGAGCCAGAGAAGGAGGAGAAGUCCAAGAAGGACAAGAAGGAGAAAAAGAAGAAGAAGGAAUCCUCAUCCGAAUCAUCCUCUUCGAGCGAAGCGGACAGCAGCUCAGGGGAGACCGUCAUGGAGGAGGAGGUGGAGUGGGUGGAGAUUCGCCCCAGCACCUUCGGCGACUCGAAGUAUGCAGCAGGCUACAACUACGACUCUGAGGACGAAGGCUUCGGGCCAAUGCCGGCGAGUCAGCAGGAGCUCAUCAACAACAUGUCCCAGAGCAAGGGCUCGUACGGAGGCUACCUGCUUCCUGGUGAGGGAGAUGCAAUGGCCGAGUACGUCAAGAGCGGCAUGCGCAUCCCUCGACGAGGAGAAGUUGGCAUCAGCGCAGAGCAGAUCGAUGGGCUGGAGGGCCUCGGCUAUGUGAUGAGCGGCUCCCGGCACCGACGCAUGAACGCAGUGCGUAUCCGAAAGGAGAAUCAGGUCUACUCGGCCGAGGAGAAGAGAGCCUUGGCAAUGUACAACUUCGAGGAGAAGGCCAACCGCGAGGCCACCUUGGUGGGCGAGCUCCGCGAGCUCUUGGAGAAGCGCCAAACGGCCAUUGCCCAGGCUGUCGGCGGUGAGUCGCUGGACAGUCGGUUCACGUCCAUCGGGGAGCAGAAGAAGUUCCUUUGAGUGCAGACUGCGACCCAAGCGCCUCCAGCUUGCAGACUGUGGCA